AUGUCAGUCUUCAAGAUGAUGAAAUUUGUUCCAUCCUUCAAGAUGAUGAAAUUUGUUCCAUCAACUACUACAACACUACGCGCAAUCAUCAAAUACACUGUAACGGGUCCUCCAAAACUGCAAUUUGUUAGCGAUUGUUCGUACUCGACAACCCCGACUGGAAGAACAAAAAAACCAUGGACAGACGCAAUGAACGAGCUGUACAGCAGAAUAGCUUCGUUUGCAGAUCAAAGGAUCACUAUUUCUCCAUUUCUCAAUCAAUGGUUCCGUGAAGGACAACCUAUCAACAAAUAUAAGCUCCGUGAAUUCAUCACGGAGCUCCGGUUCCACAAACGCUAUGCUUAUGCUCUUGAGCUUUCUGUUUUUGUUGUUAGAAUAGUUCAUUGCACUCAGACUGGAAACCCUGAGAAAAUUAACAAUCUGAUGCAAGAAAUGGAACAAAAUGGCAUUGGCUGUGACAAAUUUGCACAUUCUAUACAACUGAGUGCAUAUGCAUCUGUUGCUGACAUUGAGGGCAUUGAGAAGACUCUGACAAGGAUGGAAUCUGAUCCCAACAUUUUUUUGGAUUGGACGACUUACACUGCUGCUGCGAAAGGAUAUACAAAAGUUGGACUUAUUGACAAGGCUCUGGAAAUGCUGAAGAAAUCUGAGAGACUAAUUACAGGUAAAAGAAGCGAAACAGCAUAUGAUUCUCUUAUCACCCUAUAUGCCGCAACAGGGAAGACAAAUGAAGUCUUAAGAAUUUGGGAACUUUACAAGAAGAACAAGAAGUUUUACAAAGAGGCAUAUAUUUGUAUCAUAACCUCUCUAUUGAAGUUGGACGACUUAGAAAAUGCAGAACAGAUUUUUAAGGAGUGGGAGUUCCAGAAUCGUUUUUGUUAUGAUAUCCUUAUUCCAAACUUCCUUAUUGAAGUCUAUUCGAGAAAAGGUUUUGUGGGGAAGGCUGAAACGUUAAUUGAUAGGGCAAUAUCAAAAGGAGGGAAACCUAAUGCAAAAACUUGGUACUAUUUGGCAACAGGGUAUGUGCAGGAUGGUCAAACUCUGAACGCUGUGGAAGCAAUGAAGAAAGCAGUAGUGGUUUCUGGACGAAAGUGGAAACUGAGCAAUGAAAGUUUAGCUACCUAUCUGGAGUGCUUGAAAGAGGGGGAGAUUUGGAGAAAUGCUGCUGAAGUGAAACUAAAGCCAGAGGAUUAUUGCAGUCAUUGCAGACCAAUUAGAGCUGCAGCGAGGAACACAUCAGAUAUAAUUCUGGGGAACUUGGGAAAGCUCCAAAUGGCACAUGGGAAUAUGGAUUUAGUUUGGGGAACUCCACUUACUGUAGCCCGAGUUAUAAUGCAAAUUAAGCUACAUGUGGUGUGCUUGAUAGGUGGUUUGUUUUAG